AUGGUGAGGGUGCACUACACCGCUCAACCCGAGAACAACACGAAAUCGUGCAAGGCUCGGGGCUCCGACCUCCGCGUCCACUUCAAGAACACCCAUGAAGUUGCGAUGGCCAUUCGCCACAUGCCGCUGAAGCGUGCCCAGCGCUACCUCCAGAACGUGCAGGAGAAGAAGGAGAUCAUCCCUUUCCGCCACUUCAACCACUGCGUUGGACGCAAGGCCCAAGCGAAGACCUUCGGCGUUGUCCAAGGACGUUGGCCCGUGAAAUCCUGCGAAUUCAUCUUGCAGCUGUUGAGAAAUGCGGAAAGCAAUGCUGACUACAAAGGCCUGGACACCGACCAUCUCGUCAUCGAGCACAUCCAAGUCCAGCGUGCCGCUAAAAUGCGCAGAAGGACAUACCGCGCUCACGGCCGAAUUAACCCGUUCAUGUCCUCUCCCUGCCACAUCGAAGUCAUCCUGACCGAGAAGGAAGACGUCGUCUCGAAGCCCGCGGAAGGUGUUGCCCGCGUAAAGAAGGAGUCUAAGAAGAAGCAGAAGCGCCAACUGGCCCGCGGGGAGUAU